AUGUAUCGCGAACUGACGAUUUCCAGCGAAGUUCCAGCCGCCAAGCUGACCAAAGCUCUCAAGACAGGCAAUCUAAGCCUUACUGCAAACCAACUCAAGGGUGCAGGCCCUGUUAUUCAUAUCCACCCAGCUUCGUAUGAGAAAGCGCUAAAGGCUCGCAAGGCAGGUCGUGCAUUCAAAUUUGUAAAAGACAGCGGAUUGCUUUCAAAAGGAUUAGCCGCGGCGGUUCCGGCUCUUGCGUUUGCGUUUGGGGCCUCUCAAGCAGCAAUCCCAGCGAGAGCAGCUAUUAAGUCAUUGACCAGAGUUGGGUUAAACGACUCUGACCGGUUCUAA